CGCGGCGGGCCGGGACGGGAGCGGAGGGCGGAGGGUAGAAGUAGGGGCGGGCGGGCCGCGCCAGUCCCCGAGCCGCGCACGCGGAGCCGACCGAGCCACGCCGAGGGCGCCGAGCAAGGCGGCCGAGCCCGAGCACCCAUGCUGCUGCCGCUGGCCUGGGGCUCGCUCUUCUUCCCGGGGCUCUUCGGGGUCUGCACCUGGGGGCUGCGGCGCGCGCGGCCCGCCUGGACCCACCACGACUGCGUGAUGAUCAGCACCAGGCUGGUUUCUUCAGUGCAGGCUGUGUUGGCCACCGGGUCUGGGAUCAUCGUCAUCCGCUCCUGCAGCGACGUGAUCACCGACAGGCACUGGCUUGCCCGAGAGUAUGUCUGGUUUUUGAUUCCCUACAUGAUCUAUGACACCUACGCCAUGUACCUCUGUGAAUGGUAUCGAGCUGGGGACCAGAGCAGCAGACAUUCCCUCACCAUUUUUCGAAACUUCCUAAGCAAAAACCGCCUCAUGAUCACACACCAUGUGUUCAUUCUGCUUGUCCUUGUGCCCAUUGCCCAGGAAGAGAAAUGGGAAUGCAGAGUGAGUAACGAGUCAUUCCCGAGGACCUACCGGGUGACAGAAGCUCAGGGGAGAGCUUGGAGACUUCUUUGUCGGCUGCAUCUUCACAGCAGAACUGAGCACUCCAUUUGUAUCGCUGGGCAGAAUUCUGAUCCAGCUAAAGCAGCAGCACACGCUGCUGUACAAGGUGAACGGAAUCCUCACGCUGACCACUUUCUUCUUGUGUCGGAUCCUCCUCUUCCCUUUCAUGUACUGGUCCUACGGCCGGCAGCAGGGACUGAGCCUGCUCCGAGUGCCCUUCCACAUUCCUUUCCACUGCAAUGUGGCCAAUGCCUUCCUCAUCGCGCCACAGAUCUACUGGUUCUCUCUGCUGUGCAAAAAGGCAGCCCGGCUCUUUGAUGUUCCUCCAGCCAAAAAGGACAGUUGAUGGCUCCCAUGAGUCAGGCAGUGAGGCCGCCUACUCAGUAUUCCCUGGACCAAAUUGCAAAUUGUGUCUUGGGUGGCCUCAGCCUUUUGGGUAUUGUUCAGCAGAUGGAUUUGAGUUUUUAUAAAGGAUAUUCACUAUCACCUCCCUCUUCUAACCUGCCCCUUUUGCAAAAGCACUUUUUCCCUUAGCAACAACUGUUGGAUCCUGUCAGAGCUCCACUGGCAGCGAGGUGGUUUUAAUGCAAAGCCCAAGGAUCCUUCCUUGGGUCUUACCUCCAGGGCUCUGGGAGGUAGAAACGGGGGGUGUGGAGAAAGGGGUACCAAGGUGCUAAGCAGCCGGGCACCUGCCUGGUCCUAAUAUUGGUGGCUCCCCACCUUUCCAACCACUCAGGGCAGUAUCUAUACGCUGGGCCAGCAGAAGCGAGUGACGACUUGGUUCUUUACAUAAUUUUUUGUAAUGCUGGCCUGGGAAAAUCACUGUGGGUAGGUAGUUUUUUUGUUUACUAAAUAACCUGUUGGUCCUUUGCCUCAUUCUCUCAUCCAUGUGCCAACAUAAAAUCCUGCCUACUGACUUCCAAUCAGAAGUCUCUCUGGCGGGGUGCAGUAGGAGGCAGGGAUGGGAGCCUGAAGCACCUGAGUAGGUAGGCAGGCCCGUGGGUCAGCACCUCUGCAGGCUGACUUGGAAAGACCAAUGUCAAACUUAUGAGCUUGUUGUCAACAGGUAAGAUACUGUUCUCUUUUUAAGUACCCUCAAGCCCAGCUUCCCCCAUAUCCACACAUACAGGAUGCUCUUGUUAAAAACUACAGGGGUAACACAAAAUGACAGCUGCUGAGCUAUUCACUGGGUGACCCCACUCUUUGACACUCCUUUUCCUAUGGAGUAGGAUGGACUUCAGUAUUCCAAACCGUGAGAUGUCUCAUCUAGAUGGCCUCCUGAUAAGCCAGAGCUUGUGGUCCAAAGCCUGUUCCUCUGAGUUACCACCAUUUAGCCACAGAAGGCUGGAGAGCAAGAGUGCAAGACAGCCCUGGCCCAAAUAUGUUUUGUGGACUGACUCCUACCUACCAUUUGCAAAUAGCAUCCUCUGGUGCCAACACUAAUUAUUCCUUAACAAUAAGAAAGGAUUUUAGAAACUGCUACCAUGGAAUUUCUUCCCAAGUGGCAGUGAAAAACUAGAUUUUUUUGAAAAGUGCCUUUUAAUUCAUUGUUGUCUGUGAACUUUUAAAAGUACUGAAUGUGUGACAGUGUCAAAUUUUGACUGUUUCGGUCUUUAAUGGGUGCCGUUUAAAAAAAGGCUGUAAUUUUUUUACUGUUUUGUUUACUGUCAGUAUAUCUUUAUUAAUCACCCCUGUGGUGAUUAAAUUGCACUAAUACUUUCCAACUUAAUUCUCAUUUGUGAAAUACAUUCAUGCCAACUUCCAG